AUGAGUAUCUCCGCAACAACCACUGCUGUGGCGAUCCAAGAACGUCACCCUACAAAUGACAUCACCCUAGAAGUACCAAUGGGUCUUAAGCAACAAGAUAUCAUUCAAAUCACUCUUACCGGGCCAGGUCUUGUCCUCACCAUCUUAGGUAUCAUCAUCUGCAUCAACCUUUUUCAGCCAUCCCUAACCAGUACUAUUAUCGCCUUGGCACCAAUACCAUGGAUCGUGUAUAACGACUAUCAUAAUUUCAUAUCUUUAGGUCCAGGAGGAACUCCCUCCACUCUACUUGGAUAUGUCAAAAUCACUUAUCUUCGCAUCUUUGCUCUUUCCGAUCCGUACAGCCCACCAAAAGUCUCCGAGGGUAUAAAUCCUCCAUUUGGUUACAUACAAGCCGCCCGCCUAAACCUUCCUAUUCGCAGUGGCCCACGUCCCAAAGUUGCCGGUAUUGCUCCCCAGAGACAAAUAAGCCAGUAUGGCUCUCGAGCUAUGUACAAACUUCUCCGCACUAGCCUCAAUAAUUUCGCACACCGACGCUCGGACAAGCUCAAGACGGAUGUAUCCUGUUUCGAGAAGAAAGGGCUUGCGCUCUUCUCUCUCAAUCCCAUCAACACUACCUGCAAUGGAGAAAUCUGCCAUGUGCACCAUAGCGACAAUAGUUACCAUAUGAACCUUCAUCCGGAGGAUGCAAAGAUUAUUCUGGAAAAGGGUUGGGGUGAAAGACAUCCAAUGGCUGGCGCUUCUGCACCGCAAAUUGUUGCCAAUAUCUUAUCCUACCUUCCAACAUCUCUGUCUGCGUGGUUUUCGCCAAGAGUUGUACCUGAGCAAUUCGUCCUGAUUUAUGCACCGAGGAAUAAAGAUGAGCUUCAAGUUGUAUGUCACAUUAUCGAGGCGGCUGCAUUCUGGGUCAGUGGCGAGCGAUUGACACUUUCUAUCGAGAGCGUUCCAUUGAUCGAAGAAUCUGUUAUUGUUUAA